ACUAAUCAUUUUCUUAAUUUUAGAGAUGUAUUUUUUGAAAGCAUUUGUACUGAUAUUUUCGAUACUAUUCUACAUGAUUUUUCUGAGAGUUUAGCUCAGAAGAAGGCUGAAAAUGCAAAUUCUGAUCAGAAUAUGGAAGAAAAGGAAUCCACUCCUUGUUUAACCUUUGAUUACGAAAAAAUUGCUCAACUUUUAUUUGAUUCUGGAAAAAAUCCAAAAAUAAAAUCAAAGCGUCGAAAAAGAAUUUAUUCUUUAUGCAAACAAUUUGAUGAUGCCAAAAAUGGAAUAGAUCCAUUUCCCGAUUUAUUUGACGAGGAAAUAUCCAAAAAUGAGAUUAAACGAAGAAAGAAAUUGUUAAAAGAAAUUUAG